AUGCCUAUCAGCGCCAACGACGCUGCACCCGGUGCCGCUAUGAAGGCUGAGAUCCAGGACUACGCCAACGCCCUGGAGGUGUUGAAGACCUACACCACCCCGGAUGGUCUGGACGUUGAUACCCUGCUUGACUCUGACAAGCACGGUGCUUUGACCUACAACGAUUUCCUGAUCCUCCCCGGUUACAUCGGUUUCGGUGCCCACGAAGUUGACCUGACCACCCCGGUCACUAAGCGUAUCUCGCUGAAGGCCCCCCUUGUGUCCUCCCCCAUGGACACUGUCACCGAGCACAACAUGGCUAUCCACAUGGCCCUGCUCGGUGGUCUCGGUGUCAUCCACCACAACUGCUCCCCCGAGGACCAGGCCGAGAUGGUCCGCAAGGUGAAGAGAUACGAGAACGGUUUCAUCCUGGACCCCGUUGUGCUCUCUCCCACGGCCACCGUCGGUGAGGCCAAGGAGUUGAAAGCGAAGUGGGGCUUCGGUGGCUUCCCUGUCACUGAAAACGGAACCCUCCGCUCCAAGCUCGUUGGUAUGGUCACCUCCCGUGACAUUCAGUUCCACCGUGAGCUGAACGAUCCCGUGACUGCCAUCAUGGCCACGGAUCUUGUUACUGCCCCUGCCGGUACCACCCUGCAGGAGGCCAACGAGGUUCUCCGUCAGUCUAAGAAGGGAAAGCUUCCUAUUGUUGACUCCAAUGGCAACAUCGUCUCUCUGCUUUCCCGCUCUGACCUGAUGAAGAACCUCCACUACCCCCUCGCCUCCAAGCUCCCCGACUCCAAGCAGCUCAUCUGUGCCGCUGCCAUCGGUACUCGUGAGGAGGAUAAGACCCGCCUCAAGCUCCUUGUUGAGGCUGGCCUUGACAUUGUUAUCCUGGACAGCAGCCAGGGUAACAGCAUGUUCCAGAUCGAGAUGAUCAAGUACGUCAAGAAGACUUUCCCCGAGAUCGACGUUAUCGGCGGUAACGUCGUCACACGUGAGCAGGCUGCUGCUUUGAUCUCUGCCGGUGUCGAUGGCCUGAGAAUUGGCAUGGGCUCCGGUAGUGCCUGUAUCACCCAGGAGGUCAUGGCCGUUGGCCGUCCCCAGGCCGCCGCCGUGCGCAGCGUUGCAUCAUUCGCCGCUCGCUUCGGUGUCCCCUGUAUUGCCGACGGUGGUGUCCAGAACAUUGGUCACAUCGUCAAGGGUCUGGCCAUGGGUGCCAGCACUGUCAUGAUGGGUGGUCUCCUUGCCGGUACCACCGAGUCUCCUGGCGAGUACUACGUCAGCAACGAGGGUCAGCUCGUCAAGGCCUACCGUGGCAUGGGUAGUAUCGCCGCCAUGGAGGACAAGAAGGCCGGCAACGGUGCCAAGGACAGCAAGGCCAGCAACGCUGGUACCGCUCGCUACUUCUCCGAGAAGGCCAAUGUCCUUGUCGCCCAGGGUGUGGCUGGCUCGGUCCUUGACCGUGGCUCCGUCACCAAGUUCAUUCCUUACCUUGUCGCCGGUAUCCAGCACUCUCUGCAGGACAUCGGUCGCCCCAGCCUGACCGCUAUGCACGACGGUGUCAACGACGGCACUGUCCGCUUCGAGAUGCGAAGUGCCAGUGCUAUGACCGAGGGUAACGUCCACGGUCUCCACAGCUACGACAAGAAACUUUACGCGUAA